AUGAUGGCUGUGAAAGAGCACAAUUUGUCAAACGAUGAAGUGAUAAGAUAUAGCAGACAAAUCCUGGUACAGGAAUUCGGUGUUCAAGGUCAAGAAAGGCUCCGGGCCACUUCACUACUGAUUGUUGGUGCUGGCGGUUUGGGAUGUCCCGUUGCGCUUUAUUGCGCUGGAGCUGGAAUUGGUCGAAUCGGUAUUGUGGAUGGUGACUUUAUUUCCUCCGACAAUCUUCACCGUCAGAUUGCAUAUGAUGAACACUCUCUAGGCCAGUCAAAAGCAGAAUCGAUAAAAUCAUCAAUUGAAAGAUAUUUGGUCAAUGAUGCUUGUGUACUGGCGAACAAACCUUUGGUAUCGGGAAGUGUUGUUCGUUGGGAUGGUCAGUUGUCGGUGUACAAUUAUGGUAAGGAUAGUCCAUGUUACCGUUGUAUAUUUCCUGAUCCUUCCCCGGCGGAUACUGUUACAAACUGUUCAGACAAUGGAGUUCUAGGACCAGUGAACAAGCUUCUGGCCAAAAGCGAUCGUAUCGAUCCAUAUUUUUAUUUUAAACUCAGUGAAAACAGUGACAAGAAGCCGUUAUUGUUAGAUACGAGACCGCCGCACGAGUUUAGCAUUGGACAUUUACCUAAUGCUAUCAAUAUACCGAUGGUAAGGCUUUGUCUUUCAAAUUCAGUAGAAAUAAUGCGCGAGCUAGGAACGAACAUCAAUGAAAUAAGAGAUAAAGGAAUUUAUGUGAUUUGUCGUAGAGGUGAGGAUUCGCAAAUAGCAGUACUGUAUUUACGUAAAGAAUUUGCUGAUUCUUUGAUUUCCAUCAAAGAUAUCGAUGGUGGUUAUGAGAAGUGGUACCACGCUGUUGAUAAGGAUUUUCCUAUUUAUUAA